AUGAGAGUUAUCUUCCGCUAAAGUACCUGUCACAGACGACCGGAGGACCUGCUGCCUGAGGAUGGGUGUGGGUUCGGAGGAACGAAAUCUGCUGAUCCUGUUCGGCAGUCAGACAGGCACGGCGCAGGAGGUCGCCGAGCAGAUUUGGCGCGAAGCUAAAAGACACGGAUGGGAAGGGUGCGUCAGGGGCAUGGAUGAAGUGGAGCCGGUGGCGCUGCUGAGGCAGGAGGCGUGUGUCUUUGUCUGCUCGACCACCGGACAGGGUCAGGAGCCGGACAACAUGCGCAGUUUGUGGCGCUUCCUGCUGCACAGGGCGCUGCCUCAGGGUUCCCUCCAGAACAUGAGCUUUGGCGUGCUCGGCCUCGGCGACUCCAGCUACGCAAAGUUCAACUUCGUGGCGAAGCGGCUGCAACGGCGUCUGAUGCAGUUGGGGGCCACGCCUCUUUUAGCUGCAGGGCUGGCCGACGAUCAGCACCAGCUGGGCCCUGACGCCGUCGUUGGACCCUGGACGACUGACCUGUGGAGCAAACUCGAUGAGGCCUUUCCCCUACCUCAAGGUGGACGAGGGCAGGAGACUGAAGAGGGAAAGGUCCCCGAGGUCGUGCCAAUGCGGUACAAAGUCAGAAUUGGCAGAAAGGGUGACAGGGCAGUACGAGGACGUGAAAUCCCCAGCGACCAGGUCCUAGUUGCCACCCUUGAGGAAAGGGUCAGGACGACAAGUGCAGACCACGAUCAGGAGGUGAACCUGGUGCGGGUGCGUGCCUCAGGGCUGAGUUACUCCCCUGGCGACGUGCUGAUGGUGCAGCCGCUCAACCCUGACGAUAAGGUGGAGCGCCUGCUGCGACUCUUCCGCCUCGAGCCCGAUGACACGAUCGAGCUGCUCGAGACGGACGAGCGCCAUCCUAUUCCCCUUCCACCUUCGUGGAUGUGCCCUAAUCCUUGCCCUGCCGCUGAAGUCGUUGCCAAGCUUCUUGACCUCCAGGCAGUGCCGCAACGAUACGCCCUGACGCUUAUGGCGCAUUUCACGACCAGCGAGCUCGAAGAAGAGCGUCUUCUUGAGCUGGCCUCCCCUCAGGGUCAGGAGGACCUUUUCUCCUACUGCCACCGGCCGCGCAGGAGUACCCUGGAGGUGCUCGAAGACUUUCCACACGCAGCUGCUGCCCUCCCACCUGAGUUUCUUUUCGACAUCUUCCGGCUCAUUCGUCCCAGGGCCUUUUCCAUCGCCUCUGCGCCCCAGACCUACCCUGAGUGCGCCGAGCUACUCGUGGCCGUUGUCAAGUACCGGACAAUCCUGAGCAGCCCUCGCCUCGGCCUCUGCUCCAACUGGCUGGCCAGGCUUCCUAUCGGUGCUCCCCUCCACGUCUGGGUCAAACCUGGCUCUUUCACCUUUCCCAAAGAUCAGACGAUUCCUGUGAUUUGCGUGGGUCCAGGCACAGGAUGCGCACCGUUCCUCAGUCUGGCGCAGCAGCGGGCCUCAUACCCUGAGCCCAGGGCCGAGAUGGUCAUGUUCUUUGGAUGCCGGAAGGAAAAGGGCGACUUUCAUUGCGAGCAACAGUGGCGCCGUCUAGCCGCCGAGGGUGUCAUUCGUCUCUUCUGUGCCUUCUCGCAGGACCAACCUGACAAAGUGUACGUGCAGCACAAAAUAGAGGAGCAGGCGGCGCUUCUGUGGCGGCUGCUCGCUUUGGAAGGCGCUUUCUUUUACGUGGCUGGAAACGCCAAGAACAUGCCAAAGGGCGUGCGCGACGCCGUGCUUCAGGUUGCGCAGAGUCAGGGUGGCCUGGACGUAACAGCCGCCGAAACCUUCGUUUCCGGUCUAGAAAAGGGUGGCCGAUACCAAACCGAGACCUGGGCCUGAAUUUCGUCAUUGCUAAGUCUGUGAUACGCAAAUAAGGAUGAUUUUUUCGACCCUGAUGUCAGGUUAGAUCAGGUCUGGCGAAUAAAGGUUGCUGUUUGUGAAACUGAUAUUA